UUGGGAGAGGAGCUGUGCGCUGACUUCAGCUCCACUCAGAAGAACAGGCAGGUUCUUCUGCAAAGGGGGAGGGGGAGAGGAAAAGCCAUCACUUAUUCCUGAAAAGAAAGGAGCUGGGAAAAUAAAAAAAAAAGCUACUGUACAGCUAGACAUACGUAUUUUAAAGAGAAGGAUGCUUUGGAAGACUCUGGUGCUGCUGCUGUUCUAUUGCAGUGCUUAUGCCACUGUGACCCACAGAUGGAGCAGAGCUGUGCUUUUCCCAGCUUCUCAGAGAUUCAAGAGGUCCUCAGCUGCCUUCCUGAACCCAGUGUUACAGAACUCCCUGGAGGAUGUGGUCCUGCUUUAUGAGUUUCUUUUAGCUGAGCUCGACAUCGACAAAGGUCAGAGGAUCUCCAUCAAGGAUGAGGAGCUGGCUUCCCUGAGGAAGGCUGCUGAGUUUGACACCAUCUGCAACGAGAUCAUCCCCAAGAGCAUCCCGGAGAUCCGCAGGCUGAGCAGCAGGCUGUCCUCCUACCCCAGGGUCCUCAAGAAGGAGGACUUUGAGAGGACAGUGCUGACCAUGGUCUACACGGCCUACAGAGCUGCCCAGUCCCAGGGGCACCAGAAGGACACCUGGGCUGAGUCCUUUGUCAACCUCUACAAAGCCCUGAAGAACGACUUGAUGCUGUCAUACAACAAACAGCCCUCGUAGUGGAAGGGGAGCAGCAGCUCAGCCACCUGCCCUGGCUGGUGAAGGACACCUCGGAGCACACCCACCACUUUAUUCUCUAAAGAGUUUCAUAGCCUGCUUCGUGAAAGAUUGUUCGUUUUCUGGCUCCCUCUUGUGGAAUCCUCUUUCUAGUUCCAUGCUAAACGGUGAAAAACGUCUUCAGCCCUGAGAAUUUGAUUUUUGUGCUGGCUUGGAGGCGCCUUCUGUGACAGGAAAAGGAGGCAGUUUGGUGCACACCCAGACAGAUCAGGCAAACCCUUGAUUCAUCCUUUGGGUUUCCUAUAAGCAAUACAUAAAUAUACUGUGCUUGAGCUCACAUGCUGGAGAGUGCUGCUUUUCUAGCUGGGUAAAGAAGUUCAUGUUUUGGCUGGUCAGUAAAAGAAUAUGACACAGAGAUGAGGGCCUGCUGUAAAAGGAAGAGGUUUCAUAACCUUCAGCCUUCAGAAAUUAUGCCACAUAUUAUCCAUUCCAAAUGUUCUCAUAAAUAAGCACACUCUGAUUCACUUUAUUUGGCUGAGCCAGUGUUUAAUUGCAAUAACAUUUUCAGAAGACAAAAGGCAUUGUGAGGACCAGCAGCAAACAAUGCCUGUGAACGUAUUCCCUGCUUCCUGGAGCUGUCAUCCCAAACAGUCUGCAAUGAUUCUUUCAUUAUUUGCACAUGACUUUGCUUCUGCU